AUGUCUGUGAUCAAGACCCUAAUAGUUCCCGCCGUCAUCUCGUUAAUCCUGUUCCUCGUUUCGACAUACGUGAUUUUGCCGCUAUGGCGCAGAUGGCGGAGUCGCUACAGCCAGUACCUGCCCAUCGACACGAUAUCGACCUCGACCGUUUCGUUACGCCACCGCAUACAGAAUAGGAUUGCAAGGAUGCUGGUGCCUUCUGCGUGGAGCCGGAACGCUCACGAGCGUCUCGUCGUUGCGACCGACGCUUCCGACGACGAUGAUGGUGAAGAGCUGGGGGAGGUUGGAGAGGAGACACGGAGGGCAAUGUCAGACGAUACUCGGCGGAGCAGGCACGACAGCACGCGGAGAUUAAGCAGAGACCUGGAAGAGGGUUUCAGAGAUGACAGCGAUGACAGUGACGACGAUAAUAACGAGCGUAACGGGGCUGGAUCUUGGCGGUAG